ACUCGGCAGCUGUUUUUAUUUCAGUGACCUACUCUUCUUUGUUUGGAGUUUCGAAGGAGACACUUUGGGCAACAACUUGCAUCCGAUCACAUAAGACACCAUUUCCGUCACAUGUUGGAGUUCUUUCACCUUGCAAACACUUCACGUGGGUUGAAAUGUGUAGCGUACAGGACGGAGAAGAUGUGAUACCGGAGAGAAAGAAGACUGGGAAGUUUACAGAAGGUGAAAGACGUCCAUGUAUGAAGUGUGGUGAGUCAGCAGCUGUGAUAAUUAGAGUUAAUGAUGCCUUCUGCAGAGGGUGUUUCCUCACAUAUUGCACUCACAAGUUCAGGUCUGCAUUUGGCAAGUCAAAACUUAUCCGUGAUGGGGAGAAGGUUCUGGUGGCAUUCUCCGGAGGUCAGAGUUCAACAGCAUUGUUACACCUAAUACAGGAGGGUCUCAGUGAGAGAGCUCAGAAGAAGCUGAGGUUUAUUCCAAGUUUUGUCUUCAUUGAUGAGGGAGCAGUUCUUAACCAAACUCAGGAGGAGAGGUCAGAGACGUGCCAGCAGGUGGCGGCACUGUUGCAGCAGUCUGGGUUUCCAUGGAACAUCAUUUCCUUGGAGAAGAUCAUGCAAGAGAGCAAUUCACUAGAAAAGUUUGAACUCUCUGAACAGUUUGAAUCUCUCCAUGUCAGUGAGAAGGAUCAGGAAGAGUUAAAGUCUCUCUGGAACUCAGUGAAAACUCUCAGUGCCAAGGAAGAGAUGAUCAGAACUUUGAGAUCUAGGUUACUAGUUUCCAUAGCAACAGCAGGGGGAUACAGCAAAGUCCUGGUUGGUGACACAGGGACCAAGUUAUCAAUCCGUCUGCUUUCUGAUGUGGCACAGGGAAGAGGAAUGCAUCUGCCUUUUGAAACAGGUUUUGCAGAUUGCAGGCACCCUGAAAUGAAAAUAGUAAGACCAGUGAGAGAUUUUACUGCCAAGGAGGUAGCCAUGUAUAAUGCCUUCCAUAAUCUUCAGCCUCUAGUUUUACCUGCUUUAACUACAAAGGCAGCAUCCAAUGCCAGCAUAGAGAGACUGACGGAGACAUUUGUGACAGGUCUACAGGCUGACUUUCCUUCCACAGUUAGCACCAUAUUCAGGACGGGAGAGAAGUUAUCAGUAGAAGACAUGGACAGUGAAGUGGAUAGGUGUCAGUUUUGUCAGGCCCCUUUGGAUACAAAUGUCCCAGCAUCGUCUGCAUUAAAUGCCACACUGUUCUCACAAAGCCUCUCUCAGAAGUCGUCCACCUCCACAAUAGGUGGAGCCAGUAACUGUGAUAAGACAGAUUCAUGUUGUGGAGAAGGUGACGGCAGCUGCCAGACACAGAAGGACUUCAGAUUAACUAAAGAAGAUUUGGCUGAUGUCCUUUGCUAUGGAUGUCGACUUGUUAUUAAGGACAUGAACUCUGUAGAUGACCUUCUUCCAGCAAAUGUUUUACAAUCUGCUGCAGCUGCAGUAAGAAGGAAGAAGAUGAAAGAUGAAAUACAAGAUUUUCUUCUUCCAAGCUGAUGCAGCAGUUUUGCUUCUUAGGCAAUUAAAAA